CGUCCUGUAACCGUCUGGAAACAGUGUUUGCAUUUACGUUUAAUUCAAAAGACCAAAAUUUUCUGAAAAUGAAUAACUUAAAUGCAUUGUGUUUGGGUUUUCUAAUUGUUUGCGUUUUGGUUUCAAGUGUAUCAGCCAUCAAAUGUUACACUUGCAUAGGAUGCAACGACCCUUUUGAUGAGAGUAACGCUCAAACAGCUACCUGCGAAGGAUCCUGUCUGAAAACAAAGACGGAUGGAACUGUAAUUAGAGUUUGUUCACCAAUUAGCCUUGGAGACGAAUGUGAUAGCAAAGACGGAACUGAAGCGUGUUCGUGUACGAAAGAUCUGUGUAACAGUGCGUCAGGAAUGAGCUUUUCCCAUGUCGUCCUCUGUCUCUCCCUUUUCACUAUGUUUCUGUGGGUGAAAUAAUGGAAACGAAAACGGACAUGUGCAUUAUUUAAGACUUUGUAGGUCAUUUCAAAUUUUCAGUUAGAAGUAUUAUACAAAAUGUUUAGGACGUUUAUUUCAUUUUUAUUUGAAGGAAGUUCAGUCUAUAUUCAAUUCUUAGUAUGAGUGUACUGUUACUUGUAUACAUAUAUAUCCCUUCAGACAAUAUCCAUUUCUUAGUAUGAUUGUACUGUUACAUGUAUACAUAUAUAUCCCUUCAGUCAAUAUCCAUUUCUUAGUAUGAUUGUACUGUCACUUGUAUACAUAUAUAUCCACUCUUCUGUAUUAAAAAUAUACCAGUGUCAUGCAGUGGCGUUUGUC